AUGCCGAAGGCCUCUAUUACAGCCGCCAAACACCGUGUUGAAGAGCAGUUCAACCAUCAUGAAGAAAAGAGAAAGUCCAAGACACAGGCUGCAGUCGACUUUGCACACCAGGCUAAGCGUCUCGGACAAUACACACCAGAGCAAGAGAAUGAGGGCACAGGUUCCACACAGGCGGUUGAAGCACGGUUCAUAACUCCGCAAGAUCCUGUCAUCGAAACUGCCGACGGCCAUCGACUACCUGCUGUACCUCUGGAAGAAGCGACCAAGCUCAACGAAUUGCGAGACAUUAUUGACGACCGUGAUCCUACUAAGAAAGAAUCGUUCUCACCGCGGCUGCGCGAAGCAAAAGAUGGAACGAUACACGGCAUACCUCCGAAAGAAGCAGACAUGAAUGGCGAGGGGAAAUCUGAUGUCCCACUAGGUGACUCGAAAGCGCCUUCGAAGACAAAUCCUCUGUUUCCGCCUCUGCCCAUGUACGGACCUCCAACACUUCUGAGGAAAUGCCAGUGUUGGUUCUUCCGAGUCUCGUCUGGCAUAUUGUCAUUCAUGUUCCUGCUCGUCAUAGUCUUAGGUGCAGGCUUUACGUCCCUUCCUGGCAUGUGCAAACACCUGUUCCUACUGCUCACUUUCCGCGAUGCUGAGAAGCGAAGACCGUUCUACGAAGAGGAAACGAAGCGAAAGCAAGCAAGAAGAGAGGCAGAAAGAGCGUGGAAGAAGCGAGACACAAUGCCGUCAGCUCAAAAGCUGGAGAAUGGAGAAGAUGGCGGAACAACAGAUGAGUUUGAGCCGUUAGAAGGCGGUCCCGAUCCUCUGGUCUGCGAUGUGCGCCACUAUGCACGAAGAGUGGGACUGGACUGCGAGAUCUUUGACGUCCAGACAGAAGACGGUUUCAUCAUCGAACUCUGGCAUCUUUACAAUCCUCGUGACUACAAGCGCACGAAUGACGGCCAGCGUUCCCCGCAUUCGCCAGAGCUUUUCCCCGAAGAUCGCACGGGUGUUGCUGGGUCGCAAUACGAAGAAGGCGAAAAGAAGUACCCAGUCCUUAUGAUACACGGCCUCUUACAGUCCGCAGGCGCUUACUGCACGAACGAUGACGACAGUCUCGCUUUCUUCCUCGCAAAGUCCGGCUACGAUGUCUGGCUUGGCAACAACAGAUGCGGUUUCAAACCUCGCCAUACCACUUUGCAAUACGGAGACCCGCGCAUGUGGGCUUGGAACAUUCGUCAGAUGGGUGUCAUGGACUUGCCUGCCCUUAUCUCUCGCGUACUUUCGGAGACCGGAUUCGAAAAGCUGGGUCUCAUUGCGCACAGCCAGGGGACCACACAAACUCUUGUGGCAUUAGCGAAGGAACAGCGACCUGAGAUUGGCGAGAAGAUAUCUGUGUUCUGCGCACUAGCACCUGCCGCCUAUGCUGGUCCUUUGAUCGGGAAGGCUCAGUUCAAGUUCAUGCAAGUCAUCAGUCCAAACAUGUUCCGGACUGUUUUCGGCAUCCACGCCUUCAUUCCGUUCAUGAUGGUUAUGCAUGGUCUCCUUCCCGGAAAAUUCUACGGCUCCAUGGGUUAUCGUGUCUUCGCCUUUCUGUUCAACUGGACGGACGACCGCUGGGAACGUGAUCUGAGAAAUCGCAUGUUUCAAUUCUCCCCCGUCUAUGUCAGUGCAGAGAGUAUGAGAUGGUGGCUCGGGCGGGAAUGUUUCGCGAAGCAGAAAUGCAUCUUGGCUACAAGGGAUGAGAAGAUGAUGGAAGACAAGGAAGACGAGGAGAUCGAACAGACGAGAACUAAGACCGGAAGUCCACCGCAUGACUCCGACGACGAGCAUCAGAAGGACAGGAAACAAGCUGAGCGCUACGCGUGGUACGGUCCGCAGACUCCUCCUUUCGCACUAUGGGUCUGUGGCUCCGAUGAUUUAGUAGAUGGUCGCCGUCUACUACGCCGUUUCGAACACGGUCGAGAGCCACAUGUCGAUGUCGUACACUCCAAGGUCAUCGAGGGGUACGAACAUCUUGACGUCAUUUGGGCUAUGGACGCUAUUGAGAAGGUCGGCAAAGAGGUCAGAGAGGUGAUUUGGAAGACGGCGUCUGCAGAUGCCCGCAAGCUGUGCAGGACGCCAAAGGGAUGCGAGGACGUUCACGAGUUUUACAGCAAGAGUGGAGCUAGAGAGAGUGCGACGCGUGAAAUCGAUGCUUCGGCUGGUGAGUGGAGCAAGAAGGGCGAGGAGGCUGUGGCCGAUGGGCCUGGAGAGUAA